UCUUCACUGUUAGAGGGUUCUACGAAAUUUAGAGACAGUCGACAAACUAUCAAGGAGUUCCAUUUGGAGGGAUUGAGAGAUGAACGCUAAGAAACUACUUGGGACCUCUCACCUCUAUCUUAUCCCACCAAUAAUCCCAAACCCAUGCCAUUGGGCCCACAGAUUCAUUACCUUCCAAUCGAAAGGACCCUCAAUUUUAGCAACCAAAACCAGUCUCAUCAUCUCUUACUGUGAACGAAGGUUGCUUAAUGAAGCACGCCAAUUGUUCGAUGAUAUUCCUGAAAGGGAUGUUGUUGCUUGGACAGCCAUGAUUACAGGCUACACAUCAUGCGGCCGUCACCACCAAGCAUGGAUGCUAUUCCGCGACAUGAAAAAGGAAGAAAGUGUCGAGCCCAAUGCGUUUACUAUCUCCAGUGUCCUAAAGGCGUGCAAAGGCUUGGAGUCGUGUUCUUGUGGGUCAAUGGUUCAUGGUUUGGCAAUAAAGUAUGGCCUGGGUGAAUCUCUGUAUGUUGAGAACACGCUUAUGGACAUGUAUGGUACGUGUAGUGUUAGCAUUGAUGAGGCAUGCAUGGUUUUCCACCAGAUGCAUAUGAAGAAUGAGGUUUCAUGGACGACAAUGAUUUCUGCUUACACACACAAAGGGGAUGGUUUCAGUGGACUUCAAGUUUUCCGGCGUAUGUUGCAGGAGGGAGCAGAACUGAACCCAUACAACUGUUCAAUUGCAAUUAGAGCUUGUGCUGCAACAGGAUCCUACAGUUUUGGCAAGCAGAUUUGUGCUCUUGCGAUUAAAUAUGGAUUGGAGUCCAAUCUACCAAUCGGAAAUGCCAUUGUAGACAUGUAUUGCAGGUGCCACAGUUUAUCUGAAGCAAAUCAACACUUUCUCGGAAUGUUUCAGAAAGAUUUGACUACAUGGAAUACCCUGAUUGCUGGGUUUGAGAGAUCUGGAUCAAUUGGAUCCCUCUACAUUUUUUCCCAGAUGGUGUCACAAGGUCUCAGUCCCAAUUGCUUCACAUUUACUAGCCUUGCAGCUACCUGUGCCAAUAUGACAGUUUUGAGUUCUGGACAACAGGUUCAUGGGGGUAUUAUUCGAAGAGGGUUUGAAAGUAAUUUGCCAUUGGCUAAUGCCCUUCUGGACAUGUAUGCCAAGUGUGGACAUAUAGCUGAUUCAUACAAGAUUUUUAAUGAGAUGCCUCAUAGAGAUGUGGUCACUUGGACUUCGAUGAUGAUUGGAUAUGGGACACAUGGAUAUGGAAAAGAGGCAAUCGGACUGUUUGAUCAAAUGGUAGGUUCAGGUAUCAGACCUGAUGCAAUUGUGUUCAUGGGAGUUCUCAGUGCUUGUAGUCAUGCAGGGCUUGUCUGUGAAGGGUUGAAAUAUUUUAAUUCAAUGGUCACUGGUUAUGGGAUUACUCCAAACCAGGAGAUUUAUGGGUGUGUUGUAGAUCUGUUAGGACGUGCAGGCAAAGUCAAGGAGGCUUAUGAAUUGAUAGAGAAUAUGCCAUUCAAGCCUGAUGAAUCAGUUUGGGGUGCACUCCUUGGGGCCUGCAAAGCAUAUGGAGAUUCAAAUUUGGGAAGAUUGGCUGCUCAGAAGUUAUUGGAUUUGAGGCCUAGUUGCAUUGAAACUUACGUCAUACUUUCUAAUAUUUAUGCUGCCGAUAGUAAGUGGGGGGAAUUUGCGAAAACAAGGAAAUUGAUUAGAAGGAUGGGGAAUAGGAAAGAGGCAGGGAGGAGUUGGAUUGAAGUUGGAAGUAAAUUCUAUAGUUUUGUGGUUGGUGAGAAGGUGGGUGUCCAUAUUGAGUUGGUUUAUGGAGCACUGGAAAUGCUUGUUCAACACAUGAAAGAAGCAGGAUAUGUUCCUGAUUCAGAUUGCCUACUAUAUGAUUUGGAAGAUGGGACUUGAGCGAAAAACCAAAUUUUUAUUAAGCAACUGGGGAAGAUCAUUUUUGCAAAUCCUGAGCUAUCCAAGCAAACCAUUAGAUUUCUCACAAGAAGCUUGAAGUGCAUAUUAUUUAUAUAAAAAAAAAAAAACACGAAAGACAAAGUAC